ACAUCACAUGAGGCCGGUGCCGGUCUGGUCCUAGUCUCCCAGGCAUAACACGGGUGCACGCCUAGUCACCAAAGCGCAUGCUUCGCCAGGGCAGCGGAGCGGCCGGGCGGCAAAGGAAAGGAGCGCGGGAUAAAAAGGAGAGCUGUAUGGGACAAAAGGGGAAGGCCUAGAAAGGAACAGCGAGCAACCAGCCCGGGGCGCCCCCAGCAGGACAAGAGCCAAGGCUCAUUUCGCGAGCUCUUGCCGGCCGCUUCCACUUGGCCAUUUCCCACCUGGGUUUCGGUCUUCUGGAGCUCUCGGGCUGCAAGGAGGGUUGUUGUUUCGACUCUUGGAGCCUCUGAAUCAGCUCACGAAGAACCAGCCCAAUGGGAGACUCCGAAGGAAGAGAGACACUUCCACGGCUGCUAGAUCUUAUCCCUGAUGGGAAAGAAUGGAAGGUGAGGGAAGCACAAGGUGAAGGAAGAUCAAGAAACACAGGCUUUGUGAGCGAGGAGGACAGGAAGCUAGAGCUGAAACUCAGCCUUCCUGGUCUCGUAGAAGAAGAGACAGCAACUGUGUCAAGACAUGAAGGGAUACAGCGAGAGAGGCCAGCUCUCUCUCUUUGUUGCUUCCAUGAACCCUCAAAGCCGACAACAAACACUACUACAACUGGGACAAAGAGGGUGUUCUUAGACACCAUUGAGGUCAAAACAGAAGGUUGUGAUGAGCAGAAGCAGCAGGCCAGAGCUGGGUGUGGGAACGAACUAGCACUGGAGCAAAAGAUUGUAGUGGUGAGUGAGAGAAAAAAAGGAUGCUGCCCACCACCAUCACAUGCCCCUCCCGCAGCAUCUGUGCGCAACAGACCAAAGGCCCAGGGAAGAGGUGCUUCAGCUCCGGUGGUGGGUUGGCCUCCAAUCGGAUCCUUCAGGAAAAACCUUGCUAAUGGUAGUUCAUCCAAACAAUCCACUGGAUCACAAAAGGGUGAAGCUAGCAUGGAGGAGAAGCUCACCUGCAUUAAGAAUCAUCUCGUAAAAAUCAACAUGGAUGGGAUCCCCAUUGGAAGGAAAGUAAACCUUGCAGCCUAUGACAGCUACGAGAGGCUAUCAUUGGCUGUCAAAGAGCUUUUCCAAGGUUUUCUUGCAGCUCAAAAGAAUCUAUCUAGUGCUGAGAAUGCACAGCUAGGAGCAGAUGAAAAAAUAUUUUCUCAAUUAUUGAACGGAUCUGGUGAAUAUACUCUAGUUUAUGAAGACAAUGAAGGAGACAAGAUGCUGGUGGGAGACGUGCCGUGGAAUGUAUUUGUCUCAACUGCUAAAAGGCUGAGGGUUUUGAGGAGCUCAGAGCUUUCCCAUGGUUUGAUUGGAGUGGCUCCUAGAAGAGUGCCAAAUUGCUGAAAGCCAACAAUGACAAUUCUAUCAUUUGAAACUAGAGGAAAUUGAAGCCGGCCCAUUCCGAUUUCGGGAUGACACCUAUUUUUUUUCCUUGUAGAGACUAACCUAAUGAGAUGAACUAGCAUAUUUCAGAUGCAUGGAAAGGCGCCAGCUACUUUGUAAAUUAUAGGCUACCACGUAAUUUAUUGUUGUAGGUAAUGUCCUAAUGCAAUUCUACAUGGUUUUGGCAUUGGACUUUUAAGACAGUUUGCAGAUGAAAGGCUUACCCAUGUAAAACUCCUUGUUGUGUGACAGAUUUGUAAUCAGUUCUUCUGUAACCCAACAAGCAAAUCUAAUGUCCAGACCACAAUCAUUAGAUGUGCUGUAGAGAACAGCAACAUGCUAUCAGCUAUCCACAUUGUUGA